AUGGUAAGCGUCCGCACUGACGGCGCACUCUUCCGUCGAUGCUGGCAGCUAAUCGCUCAUCCGACAGUCCCUCGUCAACUCCUUCUACGGGCAAGUUCCUCGAUCGAAGCCGAACCACGACCACGACCAAGACCCCGAGAAGCUAACGCGACUUGGUGCAGCGCCCUUUUCCGAAAGAACUACGCCAUGCUGGCGGCCGUCUUCGCAGCCGGCUUCGCCUUUGAAGUCGGCUUCAAUAACGGUGUGAACAAGUGGUGGGACAACCACAACCGCGGCCGACAAUGGAAGGAUAUCCGAAGCAAGUAUGUUGAGGAUGGUGGCGACGAGGACGAGGAGUAA